AUGGCUUCUCUUGGGUAUUUUUUGGAUUUUAAUCACUAUGCUUCAAAUGCUAAUCAAGGUGGAAAGUUGUGGGUGUUCUGGAAUAUUCCUAAUAUUUUUGAAAUUUUGCGUUGUACGACCCAAACUGUGUCUGGUUGGUUCAAGUGGGAUGUUCACCGCGUUUUUGUUACUUUUGUCUAUGCUAAAUGCUCAUAUGUUGAUAGAAGAGAACUUUGGCAUGAUAUAGAAGAGUGGACGGAUUUGGAUCAGCCAUGGUUAGUUUUGGGUGAUUUUAAUGUUAUUCGUAGGUAUUCAGAAAGAGUUGGUGGGAACCCUCAGCCUUUUAUUUCGACGUUAGAGUUCAAUGAUUGUAUUGAUCGUUGUGGUCUGUUAGAGACAUCUAGUUCUGGUCAGCGCAUGUCGUGGUAUAAUGGACAUGGGGGAGUGUCCAGAAGUUGGGCAAAAUUAGAUAGAGUGCUCAUGAAUAAUUUUUUUGCCAGUCUAUUUCCUUCAGCUCAUUUCAAUUAUUUGAGCCGUAAAUCUUCUGAUCAUUGUCCGAUGGUUGUUUGCUAUGAUCAACUACCUAUUUCCUAUGGCCCUUCUCCAUUUCAUUUUUUGAAUAUGUGGUGCUCACAUGAUGGGUUUAUUAUGUGUGUGAAGGAAGCUUGGAACCAGCAGGAUGCGGUGUCUGGUCUUCUAAAGCUUUCUGUUCGUUUGAAAAGAACCAAGAUAGCACUUCGUGCUUGGAAUAAAAAUGUUUUUGGUAGGGUGGAUGUGAAUAUUCGUGCGCUGGAAGAGAGGUUAGAUUUCUUGGAAAGCCAGCUUCAAUCUGGUUUUUCUGAGGAGAUUGAGGAUGAUUUUGUGGCUACUAAGACCGAGAUUGAAAUAUGGGAGAAAAGAGAAGCUUCUCGUCUUGGCCAAAUUGCUAAAAAGAAUUGGUUGACUGAGGGAGAUCAAAAUUCGAAGUUUUUUCAUUCGACUAUUAACCAGAGGCGCAACAAGGGGCAUAUCAAUAAAAUGGUCCUUGCCGAUAGGAGAGUUUUGAAUACUGCUGAAGAGGUUCAUGAGGAGGCGGUGGUUUUUUUCCGUAAUUUCCUUUCCGAUGUCUCUGCGGUGGAACAUUGCGACUUUUCGAGGCUUAUCGAGAAGAAAAUUUCAAAUGAAGAAAAUCUUUGGUUAUGA